AUGGAAAGUACCCUUCUGAUGCCAUCAGCAGCAUGGCCACCGUCCCACGUACUCGGGAGUUGCGAGACCUUCGACUACGUCAUUGUGGGAGGUGGCACAGCCGGUCUCGUCCUCGCGAAUCGGCUCUCUGAGGACCCCAGCAGUACUGUCGUCGUUAUCGAGGCAGGAACCGAUGUGCGUGACUAUCCCAAUGUGACACGAAUCGACAACCCCGGGUUAGACUAUAUCAAUGGCUCUAUAGACUAUCAAUAUAGCUCAGUUCCGCAGGAUGGGCUAGGCAAUCGCUCCUUGUUGUACCAUGCUGGUAAAGGACUGGGUGGAACCAGCAACAUCAACGGUAUGGACUACAUUCGUGGAGACAAGGCCCAGUUUGAUGCUUGGGAAACACUGGGGAACGAGGGAUGGAAUUGGGAUAACCUCUUUCCCUACUUCAUACGCUCGGAAAACUUCACAGUUCCGACGGCGGCACAGGUAGCCUCGGGAGCUUCGUAUGAGCCUGAGUUUCAUGGCGAACAAGGCUUCUUGACGACCGGAUUCAGCCCCGGGCUUAGCAACAGCUCAUUUUACGAUGAUUACUUGCAGAGCGGGAACGAGCUUGGUAUUCCCCGGAAUCCUGACGUGGGUAGCGGCCUUACCGAGGGCCUCAGUGUCUUUCCCCAAACUCUGGAUCCGGUCACGGGCACCCGAGAACCAAGUGCUCGGGCUUAUUAUCAGCCCGUCGAGGAUAGGCCGAACCUCAAGGUUAUACAAGGGACUGUCAACAGGAUUACGUGGGGAGAGACAUAUGGUAAAGACAUUCUAGCCACUGGCAUCGAGUAUACCAACACUUUGGGAGAGCUCUCCCAAGUAGGAGUAGCGAAAGAAGUGAUUGUUUCUGCAGGUACAUUUCGAAGCCCGUUGAUAUUGGAGGCCUCGGGGAUUGGAAAUCCUGCUAUACUCUCUAGUCACAACAUCGAGACACGGGUCAAGCUUCCUGGCGUUGGCGAAGGCAUGCAAGACCAGCAACUUGUCGGCCUCGUAUAUCCCAGCAGCAAAGAUAUUACUGGAACUACGCCCUAUGCCACGUUUGCCAAUGCCGAGGACAUCUUCGGCAAUGAUGCCUCCUCCAUCGCAGAGACUACUGAAGCCGAGCUCGCGACGUGGGCGCAGACUGUGUCUACCUCCCUCAACGGCGCCAUCAGCGCCGAAGCGCUCGAGACGAGGUUUCAGGUCCAACAUGACCUAAUAUUCAAGGACAAUGCCACAUUUGUGGAGAUCAUCCCAAUCGCGUCCUCAGGCGUCAUUGGCACCGCGUUCUGGACACUGCUCCCGUUCUCGUGGGGCAGUGUCCACCUUAAUACUUCCAGUGCUGCAGACUAUCCCAUUAUCAGCCCCAACUUCAUAACGCUUGAUUUCGACAAAGACGUGCUGACCGCUGCGGGCCGCCGGUUGCGCCAGCUGUGGAAUACAGCGCCCUUGAGCGGCUGGGUAGCGGACCAGGCUGGGUUGGGCAUACCCCCUCUAAACGCGACCGACGACACGUGGUUGCAGUACAUAAUCUCAGGGGUGUCCACCAAUUAUCACUCCAUCGGCACCUGCGCGAUGCUGCCGCGCGACCUGGAAGGAGUGGUGGAUUCUGGGCUGAAGGUCUACGGCACGCGGAACGUGAGAGUCGUGGAUGCGUCCGUCGUGCCAAUACAGAUGAGCGGCCACCCUACCGCAACGUUGUAUGGCCUCGCUGAGAGAGCCGCGGAUUUGAUCAAAGCAGGUUCAUCUGCGUAG